UAAUUUAACAGUUAUAUAAUUCUGUGUCCGUGUGUGGUCACUGAAAUCCUUUCUCUGCUCUGCGUGGGGGUGUGAUAAUACUCGAUAUGUUUGCUUGAUAAUGUGUACGUACAGAGAAAAUGUUUGCAGUCGCUUGGGUUCUUUCGGAAAAGAGAGGGGAGCAAAAUGGAAUGAUUUGACGCAGGCAGUUUCAGUCUUAACCCGCAGUUAUACAAUUCAAUGUGAUUAAUAUGAGAGAAGGAAUGGUAUCAUUGCUAUGCGCCGAUCAAUGGUGCACAUAUACUUGUAUUAUGGACGAAUGCAUUUAAACUAUAAUCUUUACGAGUAACAUCGAUCUUAGGGUACAGGGUAGAGAGAGAGACGUAGAACAUCUGAACAGAUCGCCUUUGUAGCGAUUUUGUUACAGCAGUGCACCGGCGAAGAGAUUACGUCAUAGGAGAGAGGUUUCUCAAGAGCGCAAUACAUUACCCUGGAGCGAUGUCACAACUACUCGAUCUCAUGUGGAGAAGAAAAUGCGUAAGCAACAAUGGAGUUUUAAAGACUAAUUGCUUGAUCGAUGGAAUUCUGAUUGCUUCAAUACUAUUAUGCGUACAGGGGGCAGAAACAGCGAGAGAGAUCUGGCCAGGUCAUUACACCGACGCCCACCGUGAAGUACAUAAAGUGCUAAGACAGACGACACACGCUUAUUUGGAAGAUUUUCAAGUCGUCGUACCGUUCAGAACCGAUUCCACGUAUAACCAUCUAACCAACCACCUUCCACAUAAACGUAUCCGACGAGAUUCUGAUGACGUCAGACGUGACGUUAGUAGUGCGGCAGGAGACGAAUUGCAUUACGUCAUACCAGGGUACGGUGAACGCUUUGAGUUGCGUUUGUUACCGAACAAUGCACUGCUCGCUCCUACCUUCUCCGUGAAGAGAAUAAAGAGAGAAGCAGAGGAGACCGAGGAAAAUAUUGAACAAUGGGGAUGUCAUUAUCAUGGUAGGAUGACGUCACACGGGAAAAGACGGGUCGCAAUGAGCACGUGUGAGGGAUUGACAGGACUGCUUCGAACUUCCGAGGAUGAUUUUCUUGUUGAGCCUCUUCCGCAUCACAUCAACCACACGUUUCCUGAUCGUCAACAUCCGCACAUCAUCUAUAAACGACGACAUUUAUACAAACACCGACUACAUUACUGCGGAAAGAAAAAGCGAUAUCCAGUGACAAUACCCGAUACCGAAAACCAUCAAAUCAUCAAACUCUUAUCUAAUGGUGAGAUUGAGCUUGAAUCUGAUGAGCAGACCCCCGUGACCGGUGGCCACCGCAGAAAAAGAUCGUCGGGUGACUUUAAUGACGUCAGUAAUCGCGUUAAUGCUACCCGACCAACGGCGAAGAACGUGGAAACAUUGGUUGUGGCAGAUGCGCAAAUGAUACGGAAUCAUGAGCGUGAUCAUCGGGAUAUCACAACUUAUAUACUCACGGUCAUGAACAUGGUUUCUGGUUUAUUUUCGGAUAGAUCAAUGGAUGGGACGAUCAACGUAGUAUUAGUCGGUAUAAUGUUGCUAGAAGAUAACGGGGCUCUACAUCUCGAUCAUAAAGCAGACGAAGCAUUAUCGAGUUUCUGUCAUUGGCAAGCAAAUUUGAAUAACACGAAUGGAGGAAAGCCCGAUCACUCAAUUCUGUUAACUGGUAUCGAUAUAUGCGUGGAUAAGAAUAAACCAUGUGAAACAUUAGGGUUGGCGCAAAUAGGAGGAAUGUGCAGUGAACGCAAUAGUUGUACCAUCAAUGAAGAUAUGGGGCUUGGGUUAGCGUUCACUGUGGCACACGAAUCUGGGCACAGUUUUGGAAUGAAACAUGACGGAGAGGGAAACUUGUGUAGCAAACGUGAUGGUCACAUAAUGUCACCGACCCUGAAUGGACUCAAUGGUGUAUUCACGUGGUCUACUUGUAGUCGAAAUGCCAUCGGAGACUUUCUGCAGAAUGUCGAAUCUCAAUGCUUGGAUGACCACCCAUCUCCCAUGGCCAACUUAAACUUUCCAGAUCAACUUCCAGGUGAAAUAUACGACGCUGCAUCACAGUGUAAAUGGCAGUUUGGUGCAGAUGCUAUCACCUGUAUAUUCAGAUAUGAGCAUAAGCAGGCGAGCGUCUGUAAAGUGCUGUGGUGUCAACGCAGUGAAUCAAGUCGAUGUGAAACGAAAUAUAUGCCAGCGGCAGAGGGGACGAACUGUGGGAACAACAUGUGGUGCCGCAGAGGGGUCUGUGUUACGUAUGGCGAUCCUGGUCCUGAUGCCAUUGACGGUGGGUGGGGUGAUUACGCGAGUUGGUCUCCAUGCACACGCACUUGUGGUGGUGGAGUGCAACAUCGAAUGCGAGCAUGUAAUAACCCCACACCAAGGUACGGUGGUCGACAUUGCGAAGGCGAAGAAAAGAUUUACAAACUCUGCAAUACCGAGCCAUGUGCUCCGAACCAAGUGAGUUUUAGAGAACAACAGUGUGCGCAGUACAAUCGACGAGCUUACCGUCGACAGUAUUUUCAUUGGACCCCCUUCACCAAAUAUUCAAGCUUCGGCAGAGAUCAGUGUGAACUUCUGUGCAAAGCGGAGGGCUACGAUUUUUUUGACAUGUUGGCAGACAAAGUCAUCGAUGGCACUCCGUGUGACGCUUCGUCUACCGAUGUUUGCAUACAAGGAAAGUGUAAGCACGUUGGGUGUGAUUUUGUUCUUGGCUCCAAUGCAACAUUCGAUUCAUGCGGCGUGUGCAAUGGUGACAACUCAACAUGUCAGUCGUUUAACGGAUCAUAUGACGAUAAUGUUAGAGAUAGCGGUUAUUAUGACGUUAUUCGCAUACCACGUGGUGCUCGUAGUGUUAAAAUAUGGGAAAAUAAAUGCUGCACACAUAGCUAUAUUGCUGUACGAAGCGCCAGUAAUUCGGACAGGUAUUAUUUAAACGGGAAUUGGGAAAUUGACUUGUACGGAGAAACAACGUUUGCUGGAGCCAAAUGGUUCUAUAACAGGAAAUCGUUCCAAAGUGAAACCCUUUUAACACCCGGGCCAUUGGGUGAAGAAUUACUGAUACAGGUUUUGGUUGUUGCCCAGAAUCCAGGCAUUUCCUAUUCUUACACAACUCAAGUAAUAGACAACCGGUUACCAGGUUUACGAACCAAUUCAGCAAUUCAAGUCCAACCUCCAAGCUAUAACUGGAGUAGCACUUCUGAUUCCUGUUCUGCAACAUGCGCUGGCGGUACGCAGACCGUACAUAUAUCGUGCGUUAUGGACGGUACGACUGUGGUCGAUGAAAGUCACUGUGACAGGCCAAGUCGGCCUUCUCUUACGAAGGAAUGCAACACCCAGGCUUGCCCGGCUAGAUGGCAUACAACAGAGUGGGGGCAAUGCAGUCGGACGUGUGGUGGUGGUCUCCAACUUCGGCAGGUGACGUGUAAGAGCAAAAGGAUGAAUGGGGACGUAUACGUUGGAGAAAGUCACUGUAAUAACAAACGAAAACCUCCCCGAACCCAACAAUGCAUGCAAACCGAAUGUCCCGCAUACUGGCACACGGGAGAAUGGUCCAAGUGUUCUCGUGCAUGCGGAAGGGGAGUAAGAAAUCGACAUGUGCGAUGUCGUAGCGGCACCCGGUCACUCAGAAACGCUCGCUGCGAUCGACGAGUGCGGCCUAAAUCAAGAGAGCCAUGUCUAGUAACUUACUGCCAAAGAAAAUAUCAAUGGUUUAUUACGGCUUGGGAUCAGUGUUCGGUUACAUGUGGCGAGGGUAUCCAACGACGUGAAUUGAAAUGCAGUUUCAAGGGUCGUAACGGUCGCUAUCGUCCUGUGGUUGCAAGGAGAUGCAGGCGAGCUCGACGACCUGAAGUAUCAUUGGAAAAAACAUGCACUUUAUCGACUUGUCCCUCCCCGCGUCGUAUCAGCAGCUCGGUGGUUACACCGAGAAGCAAUGCCUACAACAGCCACUUUUCUCAAACCGGCGCUGUUCCUUCAUACCGACGGCGUUCAGCUCGCUGGAUUGUUGGAACAUGGCAGAAGUGUUCCGUAAGCUGUGGCGGCGGACUUCAGAUGAGAGCAGUCAGAUGCCUUCAAUUCGGACGUCCAUCACACAGUUGUUCCAUCUCAAGUAAAGCACCAAAUAAACGGGCUUGUAACACGUACAAGUGUAGAAAGAAAAUCCAGACUGCUUGCGAAGACACAUUUAAAUGGUGCUACCUUGUGCCACAACACGGUCAGUGUUCUCACAAAUACUUCGGGGUUGCUUGUUGCAAAACAUGUAAAGCGUCGUCUGGAAACCGUUAGAAACAAAGGCCAUGUUCUGCUGCAGUUCUACAGCGAAAGUAAAGCGGUAUACAUGAAUGGAAGAAGUCGAUAUUUAUCCAUCACGUGACCUAGUCUCUGCUUGUUGUUUGUUAGUCUUUGUGAGCGUGAUAUAGCUACACAAUUCUUAUACUGUGGAUGUUAGUUGUGUCGUUGACGCUCAAACCAACUCUCAUAACAAUGUUAGCAGACGAACAAAGUGUACGCCACAAUUUCAAGCCAAUGAACUUGCCUUUACCGGCCCUCCACCUGCUAACGUUGUAUUCAUAUUUAUACACUGAAAAUCUAGCACCCACAAUUCAUUACAUAGUUUUAAACCUUUAAUAUUUACGAUUUCAUCAUGCUACUUUUUAUUUUUACCCAAAACAGCAUAUUUUGUAUCGUUAUUUUAAUGUCGCUGUAAAGUGUAAUCGGAUUACUUUUCUUUUUGUACUGUCGCUUUCACGCUUAUACCGAUAAUGUUGCUGCGCUUUGUUUUUUUGUAUGUACUGUAGACUGUCACACACAGAAUUAGAACCUAAUUUAAAGGCGUCACUGUUGAAACUUGUAAAAUUAUUUUAAUUUAUUACAAUAGCAAGCUAUGCUGGCCACACACGCAAUCCUUGUCAAGCAAUUAGCAUUUUUUGGAACACUUAUUAAAAAUGUGUCGAUUCUUUAUUGAUAAAACGA